AACGUGUUUCUUUUUGUUUCAGCUGUGUUGGGGUGGAUGAAGAUGAUGCUCCAGACAUUGACGUGUAUCACUGUCCAAACUGCGAGAAGAACCACGGCAAAUCCACAUUGAAAAAGAAGAAAAACUGGAGCAAACAUGACACGGGGCAAAGCACAGAUAUCAAAGCUGUUCAGAAUGGCAGUCAGGUUUUUAUAAAGGAGCUCCGCAGUAGGACCUUUCCAAGUGCUGAUGAUGUGCUGGUGAAGCUGAGCGGCAGUCAGCUGACCCUUGAUUACCUGGAGGAGGGCGGCUUCAACGAUCCGAUCCUGGUUCAGAAGAAGGACGGCCUGGGCAUCUCCAUGCCUGCUCCCACCUUCUACAUCAGCGAUGUGGAGAACUAUGUUGGUCCAGAUGUCGGCGUGGACGUCGUUGACGUCACCAAACAGACUGACAGCAAGAUGAAACUCAAAGAGUUUGUGGAUUAUUACUACAGCACAAACAGAAAGAAAGUGUUAAAUGUCAUUAACCUGGAGUUCUCCGACGCAAGGAUGAAUAGUAUUGUGGAGAGUCCACAGAUUGUGCGACGACUGUCUUGGGUUGAAAACUACUGGCCUGAUGACGCUCUGCUUGGGAAGCCCAAAGUCACCAAAUACUGUCUCAUCUGUGUCAAAGACAGCUACACAGACUUCCACAUUGAGUGCGGUGGCGCCUCCGUCUGGUACCACGUCCUAAAGGGAGAAAAGAUCUUCUUCCUCAUCAAGCCCACCUCUGCUAACCUGUCUCUGUACGAGCGCUGGAGAUCAUCGUCCAAUCACAGCGAAAUGUUCUUUGCCGACCAGGUGGACAAGUGUUACAAGUGUACUCUGAAGCAAGGCCAGACUCUGUUCAUCCCAUCAGGUUGGAUCAAUGCAAUACUGACUCCGGUCGACUGCCUGGCCUUCUCUGGACACUUCGUCCACAACCUCAGUGUGGAGAUGCAGAUGAGAGCGUAUGAAAUCGAGAAGCGGCUAAAGGUCAAAACUCUCACCCCUCCCCAACUUGAGACGGCGUGCUGGUAUGUGGGACGACAUCUCCUUGAGCGAUUCAAAGGUUUACAUAAAGCAAAUAAGCAGCCAGCCCCAUACCUGGUACAUGGGGCCAAGAUCAUCAAUGGAGCCUUCAGAGCUUGGACUAAAAAGCAGGCACUCUUGGAACAUGAAGACGAGCUUCCAGAGAACAUGAAACCAUCACAGCUCAUUAAGGAUCUUGCCAAAGAGAUCAGACUGUCAGAGAAUGCAACAAAAGCCAUUAAGAGUGAGCCUAGCGUGAAGGUACCAGUGGAGGAGCCCCCGUCCACCCACUCAGAGCCUGAAGAGCCCGUCUCCCCUGCCCAUGUCCCCUCGCCCAGCAGAGAGAAACCCAGAAAGAAAGCUUCCAAACCCCCCAAGCCUCCCAAGCCUCCUAAGCCUCCCAAACCCCCAAAGAUGCCCAAACCUCCGAAGGUGCCGAAGGUCAAGGAAGGAGGAAAGAAGAAAGCGAAGAAAGCAAAAGAGUCUUCUCCGCCUCCUAAACCCUCCAGCUUCGCAGCCCUUGAGUCCCACGCAAAAGACAUCUUAAGUAAAAUGGACCAGCCAAAAAAAAUGAAGGCUGUUAAGAAUGUCCUGAGUAUAUCAGAGAAGGAAAUAUCGAAGCAAAACAACGUGGAGAAGUUUGAAAUCAGAGAGCAGAAUAAAAACAAGACUGAAGCAAAAUGGAAGUAUAAGAAUAGUAAACCCGAUUCCCUGCUGAAAAUGGAGGAAGAGUGCAAAUUUGACAGAACGCCGCUGUUGGGAAAUAAGGACAGAUUCAGCUUUACUAUGUCUCACAAGAAAAUGCUGGGUAUCUCCAAGACGCUGAAACCUCAGACCAACUCAAGUUUUGGAUCAUUACAAAACCUAAAAGAGGACAAAACUAAACCAGUGAGAGACGAGUAUGAGUACGUCUCAGAUGAGGGGGAGCUGAAGAUUGACGAAUUCCCCAUCAGGCGGAAAAAGAACACCGUCAAGAGAGAUCUGUCCUUUUUGUCAGACAUCAAAGAACCCAUUCAGCCAGCCAAGAAACCAAAGUUCCAACCCUUGGUGACCAAGAGUGUGGACUCCUCAGAUGAAGAGACUCUGCACAUAGACACAGAGGCCAAGUCGGAAGUCAAAGCCGCAACUCUAAGGAAGAAGAAGGGCAGCAGCGCUGCAGGGAUUCUUGACUCGCAGGCGAGCAAGCAAGUGGGAGGGAUUGACUACAGCACCAACAG